UAUUUAAUCCCCGCGACUGCAGCAGCGCCGGCUCCCUCCUGGUCCCCACCUCGGCCCCGGGCUCCGAAGCGGCUCGGGGGCGCCCUUUCGGUCAACGUCGUAGUCUACCCCCUCCCCAUCCCCAGCCCCCGGGGAUUCAGGCUCGCCAGCGCCCAGCCAGGGAGCCGGCCGGGAAGCGCGAUGGGGGGCCCAGCCGCCUCGCUCCUGCUCCUGCUGUUCGCCUGCCGCUGGGCGCCCGGCGGGGCCAACCUCUCCCAGGACGGCUACUGGCAGGAGCAGGAUUUGGAGCUGGGAACUCUGGCUCCACUCGACGAGGCCAUCAGCUCCACAGUCUGGAGCAGCCCUGACAUGCUGGCCAGUCAAGACAGCCAGCCCUGGACAUCUGAUGAAACAGUGGUGGCUGGUGGCACCGUGGUGCUGAAGUGCCAAGUGAAAGAUCACGAGGACUCAUCCCUGCAAUGGUCUAACCCUGCUCAGCAGACUCUCUACUUUGGGGAGAAGAGAGCCCUUCGAGAUAAUCGAAUUCAGCUGGUUACCUCGACUCCCCACGAGCUCAGCAUCAGCAUCAGCAAUGUGGCCCUGGCAGAUGAAGGCGAGUACACCUGCUCGAUCUUCACGAUGCCUGUGCGAACUGCCAAGUCCCUCGUCACAGUCCUAGGAAUUCCACAGAAGCCCAUCAUCACCGGUUAUAAAUCUUCAUUACGGGAAAAGGAUACAGCCACCCUAAACUGUCAGUCUUCUGGGAGCAAACCUGCAGCCCGGCUCACCUGGAGAAAGGGUGACCAAGAACUCCACGGGGAACCAACUCGCAUCCAGGAAGAUCCCAAUGGUAAAACCUUCACCGUGAGCAGCUCGGUGACAUUUCAGGUUACCCGGGAGGAUGAUGGGGCGAACAUCGUGUGCUCUGUGAACCAUGAAUCUCUAAAGGGAGCUGACAGAUCCACCGCUCAACGCAUUGAAGUUUUAUACACACCGACUGCCAUGAUCAGGCCAGACCCUCCGCAUCCUCGUGAGGGCCAGAAGCUGCUGCUACACUGUGAGGGUCGUGGCAAUCCAGUCCCCCAGCAGUACCUAUGGGAGAAGGAGGGCAGUGUGCCGCCCCUGAAGAUCACCCAGGAGAGUGCCCUGAUCUUCCCCUUCCUCAACAAGAGUGACAGCGGCACCUAUGGCUGCACGGCCAUCAGCAACAUGGGCAGCUACAAGGCCUACUACACUCUCAACGUUAACGACCCCAGUCCGGUGCCCUCCUCCUCCAGCACCUACCACGCCAUCAUCGGCGGGAUCGUGGCUUUCAUUGUCUUCCUGCUACUCAUCAUGCUCAUCUUCCUUGGCCACUACUUGAUCCGGCACAAAGGAACCUACCUGACACACGAGGCAAAAGGCUCCGACGAUGCCCCAGAUGCGGACACGGCCAUCAUCAAUGCAGAAGGCGGGCAGUCGGGAGGGGACGACAAGAAGGAAUAUUUCAUCUAGGGGCACCCACCCACUUCCUGUGCCCCCCCAGGGGCCCCGUGGGGACCGCUGGGGCCGUCAUCAACCCGGACUUGUACAGAGCGACCCCAGGGCCGCCCCUCCCGCUUGCUCCCCAGCCCACCCACCCCCCUGUACAGAAUGUCUGCUUUGGGUGCGGUUUUGUACUCGGUUUGGAAGGGGGAGGGAGGAGGGCGGGGGGGAGGGGAGGGUUGCCCUCAGCCCUUUCCGUGGCUUCUCUGCAUUUGGGUUAUUAUUAUUUUUGUAACAAUCCCAAAUCAAAUCUGUCUCCAGGCUGGAGAGGCGGGAGCCCUGGGGUGAGAAAAGCAAAAAA